UGUUUUAUCUUCGGUGCGCAUAUGCACAUUUCGUUUCGCGCUGUCACUUAAUGAAACUUGGCAAUAAACUAUUAUAGUAUUGCGUUAUUUUCGAACAAGUAUAUUGAAAAAUAAUAAAUAAUAUUUUAAUUUAAUACACGUUACCAAUAUUUUACUUCGCCAAGUAAAAAAUGUCAGGUGCCGGAGGAUCUCAGAAUUCGUCUGGAAAUACUUCUGUGCAAGAAUACAAAAUUCGAGUACCUAAAAAUGCAAGGAAACAGUAUCAUGUCAUGAGAUUUAAUGCAACUUUAAAUGUCAAUUUCAAUGAUUGGAAUAGUACCGUGAAAAUGGAACGGGAAAAUAACAUGAAAGAAUUUAAGGGUUUAGAAGAAGAGCAGCCCAAGUUUGGUGCAGGAUCUGAGUUCGGAAGAGAACUAAAAGAAGAAGCAAGGCGUAAAAAGUUUGGUAUAGUUGCCAAGAAAUAUAAACCAGAAGAUCAGCCAUGGAUUCUUAAAGCUGGUGGAAAAGGCGGUAAAAAAUUUAAAGGCAUUCGUGAAGGAGGUGUUUCUGAAAAUGCAGCAUUUUAUGUAUUCACUCAUGGACCUGAUGGUGUAAUUGAUGCAUAUCCUCUAAAGGAAUGGUACAACUUUCAACCAAUUCAACGAUAUAAAGCACUAUCAGCUGAAGAGGCAGAACAAGAAUUUGGAAGGAGAAAUAAAGUAAUGAACUACUUCUCACUGAUGAUGCGAAAACGUUUGAAGCCAGAUGAAAAUCCUGAGGCUGAAGAUCCAGAUGAAGCAAAAACUAAGAAAAGUUCUUCAAAAAAUAAAAGCAAAGAUUUAAAAAUAUCUGAAAUGGAUGAAUGGAUGGAUUCUGAUGAUGAGUCUUCAGAUUCUGAUGAAGACAAAGAGAAGAAAAAUGAUAGUGACGGAGACUCCAAGAAAGGAAAGGGCAAGAAUAAAAAAGGAGAGGCUGCUAAGAAGAAAAAGAAAAAGGUUAAUGAUGAAGCUUUUGAGGAGUCAGAUGAUGGUGAUGAGGAAGGACGAGAAUUGGAUUAUAUAUCAGAUUCCAGUGAUAGUGAUACAGACCAUGAGGGCAAAGCUAAUAAGGAAUUAAAAUCAGUAGCUGAAGAAGAUGCUUUGAGAAAGCUCUUGACGUCUGAUGAGGACUCUGAAGAGGAGAAGAACAAAUCGGGCGAAGAAAGCAAUAAAGAUGAAGAAAAUGCUGAUAAAGAUGCCAAAGACAAAGAUAAUAAAGAAAAGAAAGAUGUCAAAGAUAAGAAAAAGAAUCCAAAGAAACGCAAGAAAGAUGAUAAGAAAGGUAAAUAUAAAUUCAUAUCAGAUUCGAGUGAUAAUUUCAGUUCUGAUAGCAGUGAUUCUGACUCAGAUAGGAAGAAAUCUCAAACUAAACGUUUUAAGGAAAAUAAUAGUGCACCCAAUUCAAGGUCAGGAUCUCCUAGUUUAACUCAAUCUGCUCAAAGUUCGCAGGGCAAUAAUGAUUCUUUAGCCAAGAAACCAAGAAUGGAAAAUAUGUCCACUUUUAAUACAGCAAGUAAUGAUACUGGUAUAACAGAAGAUGCUGUACGAAGGUACUUAAUGCGUAAACCGAUGACAACAACUGAACUUUUAACAAAAUUCAAAUCUAAAAAAACUGGUGUUUCAAGUGAUAAACUUGUUGAAAUGAUGACUCAAAUUCUGAAGAGAAUAAAUCCUAUUAAGCAAACAAUUAAAGGAAAGAUGUACUUGAGUAUAAAAUCAUAG